GUGUUUGGCUUGGUUUGACAAGUUUCCCUGCACGACCAUGGCGGUGGGAGAGAGUUGUUAGUUGUCACACAGGUAGAGAGUUGCAGCUCCCUCUGUGCGUGUUUCAGGUACACUUCUUGGCACUUGGCGCUUCGGCAAAUGUAGGGUCGUGACAAGUGUCCGAUUUUUUCUCUUCUGAGCGAUUCGACAGCCAGCAAAGUCUACACUGGGAAGACAGACACGAGAGCAAAGAUGAACAGCCUAUCCUUUGACGAUCCCUCGUUGGAUAAUCUGGAUCCUACACUGUCGCUAAAUGACCCCAGCGAUAUUGACACGGCUCUCUUAAGCGACAUUGAUGAUAUGUUACAGCUCAUCAACAACCAGGACAUGGAGUUUGGAGGACUCUUUGAUAACCCUCCAUACACAGGGCCCCCUCCCACCCAAGAGCUUCCUGGUUUGACCCAGUCUAUCACCUCAGCUGCCCCUCCAGCCACCACCACCACACCCUCACCUUCAUCCUCCUCUUCCAUCCUAAGCAGUAGCCCCCACCUGGAUGCGCUCCUGGGACCCCCCAUCACCCGCAGCUCUUCCACUCCAGACAAGGCCUUCCAGCCUCCCACUUUCCAGCAGUCCCCCUUGGCCCAGGUACCCAGCUCCACCCCACGGCAGCAGCCAGCCUCCCCGCAGCAGGCUCAGACCCUCAGACAGCCUCAGGUGGAACAGCCCCAACCCAUUCUCAGCCCAACUGCACCGGCCCAGGCAGCUUCACCUCAUGGCUCACCGGGACCGAGCCCGGUGUUCAGCUCCACGCCACAGGCUCUCUUCACCUCGCCUGCACCCCAGACUCCACUUCAGCCCCAGCCACAGCCACAGACACAGACACAACUUCAGGCCCAGGCUCAGCCCCAACAAGCCCGGACCAACUACAGCAACCAGAACAACUACACAGCUGGCAGCCCCGGCAACGUGAGCCAACCCGCCACCAGUUUGCCAUCCUCACCUCCAAGUGUUCAGCCAGUGGCCAUCCAGACUCAGCUCCAAGGGCUGACCACCACCUCCUCUCUGCUGGCCACGUCAGCAAGCCCACCUGUUCAAACCAUCGCGCCCCAUGUGCAGCAAGUACCCGUGCUGCUGCAGCCCCAGUUCAUCAAGGCUGAGUCUCUGCUGCUGACCACUCUCAAGCAUGACCCCUGCAUGGUCACCACUGUGGCCUCUCCCACAUCCCUGGCCACAACCACCACCCCAGUACAGAGCACUUCACUGCAGGCUUUCAUGGGCGGUGGCACCAUCCUGACCACGGUGCCGGUCAUGGUGGACACUGAGAAGCUGCCUAUCAACCGCAUUGCCAUCAGCAGUAAGCCGGCCGGCCAGCCCCACAAGGGUGAGAAACGCACUGCUCACAACGCCAUCGAGAAGCGCUACCGCUCUUCCAUCAAUGACAAAAUCGUGGAGCUCAAAGACCUGGUGGCUGGUACUGAGGCCAAGCUCAACAAGUCUGCAGUGCUGAGAAAAGCCAUUGACUACAUCCGUUACCUGCAGCAGGCUAAUCAGAAACUCAAACAGGAGAACAUGGCUCUUAAAAUGGCAGCUCAGAAAAACAAGUCGCUCAAGGACCUGGUUGCCAUGGAGGUAGAUGGACAGUCUGAUGUGAAGAACGAGCUGCCCACCCCCCCAGCUUCAGAUGUGGGCUCCCCGACUUCUUUCUCACACUGUGGCAGUGACUCAGAGCCCGACAGCCCGAUGGGGGAAGACACAAAGCCGAAUGUGGGCAUGUUGGACGGAUCGGCAGCAGGCGGUAGUGCUGGCGGCAUGUUAGACCGUUCCCGCAUGGCGCUGUGCGCCUUCACCUUCCUUUUCCUCUCUCUCAACCCUCUGGCAGCUCUGCUGUGUUCAUCUGGCAGCAGCUCAGCUGGAAGCACCGCAGCCACCACCACCCAUCACGCAGGCAGGAGCGUUCUGGGUGUGCAUAUUGCUGCGGACUCAUGGGGCUGGAUGGACUGGAUGCUACCAACUAUACUUGUAUGGCUACUCAAUGGUAUUCUGGUGUCUGGAGUUCUGAUCCGUCUCUUGGUGUAUGGAGAACCUGUAACCAGACCACACUCUGGAUCCUCUGUUCUGUUCUGGAGGCACCGCAAGCAGGCUGACCUGGACCUGGCUAGAGGGGAUUUUGCUCAGGCUAGUCAGAACCUGUGGACCUGUCUUAAGGCUCUCGGUCGUCCCUUACCCACCUCUCAGUUGGACCUGGCUUGUGCUGCUUUGUGGUCUCUGCUAAGAUUCUGCCUCCAGCGCCUCUGGGUGGGCCGCUGGCUGGCUGCCAGAGCUGGAGGGCUGCGAUCCGACCGCCCCCUGCAGGAAGAUGCCUGCAAGAGCAGCCGUGAUGCUGCCCUAGUUUACCACCGCCUGCACCAGCUUCAUAUGACAGGUAAAUUGAAUGGUAGCCACCUGUCCGCAGUGCACAUGGCUUUAAGUGCAGUGAACCUGGCAGAGUGUUCUGGCUCCUGUCUGCCUGUAGCCACUCUGGCUGAGGUCUACGUCUCUGCAGCUCUACGGGUCAAAGCCAGCCUGCCAAGGAUCCUCCAUUUCACCUCUCGUGUGUUCCUGAGCAGUGCCCGGCAGGCGUGCCUAUCCUCCAGUGGCAGCGUACCUCCAGCCAUGCAGUGGCUCUGUCACCCACUAGGUCACCGCUUCUUUGUGGAUGGGGAUUGGGCUAUUCGCAGCACUCCUAAAGAAAGCAUCUACAGCCAGGCUGGCAAUACUGUGGAUCCUCUGGCCCAGGUGACUCAGGCGUUCAGAGAGCACCUCUUGGAGAAGGCUCUGUACUGUGUCGCCCAGCCUCACGGAGAGAAAAGUUCCAGCCAGGGCGAGGGGGAGUAUGCUGAUGCCCUGGAGUACCUCCAGCUGCUGAUUAGCGCAUCAGAUGCAGCCGGUGCCACAUCCCAGUCCUUUGCGAUCGGCUCCAACAUGGCCACUGUGACUGGCUGUGACCCCCACUCCAAGUGGUGGUCCUCAGUCGCCGUGGUGAUCAUCAACUGGCUCCAAGGAGACGACGCUGCGGCGGAGAGACUGUAUCCGACUGUUGAGCACCUGCCCCGCAGUUUGCAGAACGCAGAGAGUCUUCUGCCCAAGGCGUGUCUGAACACAUUCAGGGCAGUCCGGGCUCUGCUGUCCAAGCCAGAAAACUGCCAGUUGAGUCUGAGCUACAGCGACAAGGCCAGCGCCCUGCUCCGAGACAGCCUCAACCUAGGACCACACUGCCACAGCUCCAGUUUAGACAAGGUCAUCCAGUUGCUCUUAUGUGAUCUGCUCUUGGUGAUGAGGACCAACGUGUGGCGUCUGCAGCAGCAAGGGGCCGGUCCUGCAGGGUCUGGGCUGGUGGGUACCAGCGGCCCCGCGGGGGUCCACCAGGCCUCCCCGCCGGAGCUCCAAGGCUUUCAGCAAGAUCUCAGUUCCCUGCGCAAACUGGCGCACAGCUUCAGACCUGCAAUGCGAAGAUUGUUCCUCCAUGAAGCUACAGCCAGGCUGAUGGCGGGGGCCAGUCCCACUCGCACGCAUCAGCUCCUGGAUCGCUCGCUGCGACGCAGAGCAACACCCGGAGCCAAGACAGAGGAGUGUGAGACGCGACCGGGCCAGCGGGAGCAGGCGGAGGCUGUGAUGCUGGCGUGCCGCUACCUUCCUCCCUCCUUUCUGUCGGCUCCCGGCCAAAGGGUGGGCAUGUUGGCUGAUGCGGCCCGCACCCUGGAGAAGCUGGGAGACAAGAGAACCCUGCACGACUGCCAGCAAAUGAUCAUCAAGCUGGGCAGCGGCACCACCGUCACCAACAGCUAGAGAGAGGGAAGGGGGGAGGCGGGGAGGGGCUGAGAGACAUGCAUGGACACUGUAUAUAGAAACAUCUCUGACAUACAGAAACAGACAGACACAUGAAAUAUGUUCUCACAGACACACAACCAUACAGUCUGGCAUUUUUGGCGUGCAGCUACUGAACAGAUUUAUCAAACUAUACAGAUUCAUAUCAUCUUGACAGGAUUUUCCUCAUGGACUGUCCCUCCCACCACCCCAACCCCACAUCAGAAGGCACUUAUAGAGUUCACACUGUUAUUGCUACGGAUUAUUAUCAGAAUAUAGGAUGCAUUUUUCUCUCUUAGCGAGCUAAUUUCCCCCCAUGAGAUUGAAUUGCAGUGCCACAGUUUGACCACAGAGAGGAGCCAUCCCAUCCUCCUGGUGGAUGGUGUGUCGAUGGUAUGUGUGAAACAUGAAAGAGAGAUUUGCUCUGCAUUUACUCCGGUAUAGUCCCACCCCCUUUCUUUUCGAUAUAGAUGCACCUUCUACAGGCAGUAGUGCUCGGUGGGUUGGAGUGGCGGGCUGCUCUGAUUGGCUGCAGAGUUAGGUGUCUUCUUGCGCGUGGGAGGAAAACGACCACACCCGGAUUGGUCCGAACCGUGGGUUUGUUCAGUGGGAGGCCACUCCACAGGUUGUUCAAAAUGGUGUUGAAGUUGAUUUAAACCAUGUUUCAGGGGUAAUAAUCUGAGGCGAGGUGACCCACUGUACAAUCCCCGUGUCUCUAUCUGCACUAGCCUUGCGAGGCUGAUUUCAAUGAUAAGUAAUAAUAUGGCUUUAUGAGGUUAUUUUCAUAGAGGUCUUUUUUGUUUUUUGCUGUGUAAAUAUUUUAAAAUGUAUUUAUAAUCUGUAUGAACUUUGAUUGAGCAGUAUUUUGCAUAAGCAGAGUGAAAAAUGCUUAUUCACUUCCCUUAAUUCUCUUUCAUUUGGUAGCUUUUGACCAGGUCCAAAUAAUGUAGUUACUGUACUGUAUUGCUACGUUGAUGAGUUUUAAGACAGCAUCAAGUUAUCAAGGUGACAUCUGCGUCACAUCGUCUGACUCAGUUGACCUUUUGCACUGUUGGACACGUAUGCAACAAUGAUAUCAUAAGAGGUUGGCAGCAUCCAGUUCUGGCAUAGCCAACUCAGACUAUAUUGUGAACCUUUGGCACUUUUGCAACAAGUUACAUAAGUCAUGCAGGCAGUUUCAAAAUAAUUGACCAUUUUUUUUCUUCCAAAGAGGGCCUGUAGUGAACAUUUUCCUGGUUUUCUUUUGUAGCUCCAGCAUAAAGAGCAAUACUUGUUCUCUCAGUCAUUAUAGUUUCAUGCUCCUACAGAAACAUCGUUUAUUAAUUUUCAGAGAAAAGAAAAAAAGAAAGGAAAAAAAAACCUGGAUUUUUUUUUUUUUUUUUUUGUCCCAGGACCAGUAUGUUUUUAUAGUGUGUCACUAAUGUGAAAGACUGAAAAGAGUUUGGUUUGAGAUGAAUGACACGCAACCAGGUCUAAAGGUAUUGUUUAUGUGUCCUUUAACAUCUUUCCUUCUCUUCCUUGUUCUUUGGUUUCCUUUUCAAAUGUAAAUAUUAAAACAUUUUGUAAAGAAGA